AUGGCAGGAGGUCAUCACCGUUCCGUCAAGAUCGAUCCCGCUAUUGAGCGAUGGCAGCAGAUGCACAACACCAUGUACCAACGCUUCCGCUGGACGCCUAAGAAUGCGCCUGUGAUCGCCUUUUGGGGUCUGGCUGUGCCAUUCGCUGCAUUCUUUGCCUUUUCCAAGACCAACACGGCCUGGGACUUUAGCGGCAAAGGCUUUGAUGAAAAGCUCCUGCGUGUAUCCCCGGCUGCGCAGGAGGAGUCGGAGUGA